AUAAACGACUGCUAUCUGCCAAUCAAAUCUGUCAAAAUAUAAACAAUUAUUUGCAGCUACAAGGAACUUAUUAAUCUUAUUAUAAACGUGAUGGAUGCUUCGAAUCCAACAAAGCUUCCUCCUUACAACUGGAUAAAAGACGCAAAGAUUUACAACAAAAGUUAUUCUUUGAUUCCGUCGGAAUGGAUUCAGGAAAACGCAGAUAUAGUUGUUGUCCUUUUCAUCUCCAAGGGUGUAGACAGGGAGGGAAUAGUCCAGAAAUUUUAUAACAUCUACGAAAGUGUCAAACACGCGAAUGUGCCUAUAGAAGUUAUACAUGUGCCGUUAGACGAGAAUAAAUUACUAAUGAAGGAAAGCUUCAAGCAGCAAGCCAACUGGUACACACUUCUGCACGAUGAUCCCCUGAAACUCAUCCUGACUUAUUUAUAUGAAGUAUCAUAUAUCCCGUAUUUUGUUGUUAUAAAACCCGAUGGGACUAUUGUUUCUAACACUGCCAAUAGAGAUUUGGAGGAAUAUGGUAAAAAUGCAAUCAUUGCUUGGUUGUCUCCAUCGGCGUGUGUGAAACAUACUAGAAAACUGGAGGAUGAAGCUGUUAUGUAUGGAUCUAAGUGGAAUUAUUUAAUUAAAGAGGAAGCUGAGGAAAAGAAAGAAUAUCCGAGAAGGUUUGUCUCAAAGAAUAGCGCACGGAUAGGGUUGAUGCCAGUGAGACGCAGCGAGCUGAAGGAAAAAGCAGAGGGCCAGACGGAGACCUUGGAGAAACCGUCUCCUGUGUAGUGAUGUACAGGAUUUUUUCAGAACGAUAGGUAUACAUGAAGUCUAGUGUGUUCUUUUCAUUAGGUACUUUGUAAGUUCUUCUGGCAGGACAUUUAUGGUUCUUUGGCAUGCUUUGCUGCCUUAUUAUAUGUUAUUAAACUUAACU